UCAGCGCGUCACUUCCCGGCCAAGAUGGCGGCGCCCGCGGGGCCCUGAACGAUGCGGCUCACUCGGAAGCGGCUGUGCUCCGCGCUGCUGGCCGCUUACUUGCUCUUCUCCCUCUACGCGGCUUACAGCGUCUUCCUGAAGCCCCGCCGCUCGGCCGCCUCGCGAGCUGCCGCCCCGAGGGAGAAGCAAGGGCGAGAACAUGCUGUUUUGGGAACUGAAGAAUGGAAUCCUUGGGAAGUUGAUGAGAAAAACGAUUUGCAGCAGAAGUCUGCAAAUAGUCUUCAACUAUUAAAAAAGAUGCAAGUGCAACAGAAACAAACAGAUCUGAGGGUACAAAUUUGGGGGAAAGCUGCUAUUGGCCUUUACCUGUGGCAGCAUAUCUUUGAAGGUCUUCUUGAGCCUGCUGAUGUAUCAGCCCAGUGGAGAGAAGGAAGCGUCACAGCAGGGAAAUCAUUCUUCAGCUUCAUUACGGGUCCAGCUGUAGUCCCCGGCUACUUCUCAGUAGAAGCUGACAAUGUGGUUCUAGUGCUGAAUGGCCGAGAGGAAGGAAAGAUCUCCUAUGCCACUCAGUGGCUGCAUUAUGCACAAACCUUAGUACAAACUCACAAGCUGCAGCAUGUUGCUGUUGUGUUGCUUGGAAGUGAACAGUGCAGAAAUGAAUGGAUUUCCCCUUACUUAAAAAGAUAUGGAGGUUUUGUGGACCUGCUCUUCAUAAUAUAUGACAGCCCCUUAGUGAACGAAGAAGAUAUUUUCCACUGGCCUUUGGGAGUUGCUACCUACAGAUAUUUUCCUGUAGUUGAACCGAGUUGGUCAAUGCUUCACACUCCAAGACCGUACCAGUGUAAUUUCUUAGGAACGAUUUAUAAGAAUUCAACAAGAGAGAUCCUGGUGGACGUCCUGAAGCAAAGUGGACUCGAUAAGCUUUGUUGGAUUUCAGCCAGAGAAGAGUGGUGGCCUCAGGAAACAAACGAGAGCCUUCGAAACUACCACGACGCAUUGCUACAGAGCGAUCUCACAUUAUGCCCAGUGGGAGUAAAUACAGAAUGCUACAGGGUUUAUGAGGCAUGUUCAUUUGGCUCCGUUCCUGUUGUAGAAGAUGUAAUGACACCAGGCAAUUGCGGAAAUUCAUCUGUGUCCCACAGUGCCCCACUGCAAUUACUAAAGACCACGGGAGCUCCCUUUAUCUUUAUUAAAAACUGGAAAGAACUUCCUGCCGUUUUAGAAAGAGAGCAAAAUAUGACUUUGCAACAAAAGAUUCAGAGGAGGAAAAAGCUUAUGGAAUGGUAUCGGCAAUUCAAAGCACAAAUGAGACAAAAAUUUAUUAGCGCAUUGGAAAAUUCCUUUUUAGCUAAGGACGGAGGAGGUUAAUUGUUACUCUGAAUAGACCAUAGUGUAAUGUGGAUCGUUGGAAGCCAGAGCUGCUUCCCACAUUGUUUUUCUCUCCCCCCCCCCCGAAAUAAAAAUGUAAACAAAUGCAUGUCCACAAUAUAAGGAUCCUGCUGUCAGUGUUGACGAAAUGGAUUUGGAUACCACCUUGCAGUCCCAUCCACUGUGGGACUCUCCAGAGCAGAUUGGUGGAAGACUGCAGGGAGAAAAAGAGGAAAGGACGUCGUUUUGCGUGAGCAGAAGUCUGCUUGUAUAGUGUUAGAUGUUGCCUAACGGCCUGAAAAUGAAUUAAGAACUCAGUUUACAGAAAAAGAAAAAGAAAGUCUUGUCACUGAAGAAUCUGCCUCUAAUCACGUCAUUAAGUUUAUUUGUUUAUUUUCAAUAUUUAGUUACCACCCAAUAACUAAAGUUCCUUGAGCGGUUCGUCAGUAAAAAUUAAAACCAUAGAACAUACUGUAUAAUGAAAUGUAUGUUAAAUCUAAGCAACGACAAAACCAGCCGCAAAAUAACACCAGGAACAGAGAUCAUCAUUGCAACAGGAUGGACAAGCUUAGGGAAACGAUGGAGGUAUUUCAUUGUUUUCCUGACUUCCUGAAAAUAGGAUUAAACAAAGACACAGUAGGGUUUUAAUUAGCUGGUUUGAGUGUGGAAUAAAACAGGUUCAGUGAGCAGAAUAAAAUUAUCCAAACUAAUCUUUUUCCAGCAAAGAGAAUUAAUAAAGCUCUGUAAGCUGCUGGUGGAUGGGAAGUUUCAGUCUAUUUCUUCCACAGCAGAUGAGCUCUUGUCUCCCCACAAACAAGACACUUUACCACUGCCAUCUGAACGUGGGGUUCGUAACAGGAAAUCACCUCAUUCGACAUAGAGACAGGUGUGUGGUGACUUUCAGAUGGGAGUACUGUAUUGCAAUCUAUGCAGAGCUGCAUUUGAAUAUGGUUCAGGAGCUUCUGCUGGUGUGAAAUGUUUCCGCUUGGCUGUUGACAUGUACAAGUAUGCACCACCCUGUAAUAGCUCUUUUGAGACUCCUGCAUUGGCUACCAAUCUCUUUCCCUGGAGAGCUCACGUCCUAAUUGCCUCUCUUCUAGUAUGAAAAAUUCAGCAAUCUCCCGCUGCCCCCCAUCAGCAUUAAAAAAUGACUUGCCUC